GAGGGAGGGGAAAGGGGAGGGAGAUUUUUCGCGAUGCUUCCCCCCCCCCCACCUCUCUUAUGUUGCCCUUGAGCGCGCGGGGCAAAUCCAAUCCUUUAAAGUCAGGAAGAGCAAAGGAGGGCGCGCGGAAAGUCCGUCGUUUCACUUUGAGAAGCUGCAGCUCCUUCCUGCAUUUGAUUCGUAGGAAUCCGGCUUACCCCACUCCUGGCUUUCGGAAGUAGGGCAUCAUUAUCCUCGCAGAAGAGUCCAACUGCUCUGCUGCUUUCACACAGCAAGGGAGAAAAAAAAAUAACACAACAAACACGGAAGAAGAGCAUCUUUUCCCAUGAGGGAAGACCGCGCGCACUCCAGUUAAUGAACGCUCCGUGCACGUGAGAGGGGGGACACCGGGGCGCGCACCUGCCACCACGCGGCGCAUGGAAGGAGUCUCGCGCAGAAGCGUCCGGAACAUGAAGUUUGGUGAAUGUUUAAAGAAUGCCAGUGGAUUGACUCUGAAGGUGUGAUGGACAAGAAACUGAGAUGGACAAAGGACUUUACUUGCAAUUCAUACUGAAUUUGUAUCUUCCCUGUUUUUUUUUUUUUUUUUACCAGCAAUUCCUUAACCUUUUAAUGCUUUGAUAAAAAACAAUAAAAAAUACCUCAUACAGAAUGACCGUGGCAAGUUUACCAGAUGCUCUCACGUGACUCCUCUUCUAUGCCAACAUCUCUUUCCUCUGAAAUUUACGCCGGCACUUCUCUUGUUUCCUGGCUGGCGCUUGUCAUGCUGGCACGAGCCACUUUCUUCCUCCUUGUCCUCCUGCACAUGCUGGUGCAGGUUCAAGGCCAGUACGAGUUGUGCAAGUCACUCCUCGCCACGGAUGAGGGCUCAGUGUGGGAGCAGCAUGCAUGCCAACCCAAGGCCAAGUCAAUGAAGGAGUUCAUGCGCAUACGUGUGGAACCACCGGGCAUCACGUGUGGCAACCCACCUGAGAGAUUCUGCACACUGGAGAACCCAUACCUGUGCAGUGAUGAGUGUGAUGCGUCCAACCCAGACCUGGCGCACCCACCCCAGUUAAUGCAGGACCGUGAGCGUGGUGGACUCGUCACGUAUUGGCAGACUCAGACGUGGCGCCGCUAUCCUGAGCCGUUGCUGGCCAACAUCACGCUGUCAUGGAACAAGAGCCUUGAGCUGACUGACGACAUUGAGAUAACCUUUGAGUACGGUCGACCCACAGCCAUGGCGCUGGAGAAGUCGCUGGACUAUGGGCACACAUGGCAGCCAUACCAGUUCUAUGCUGAUGACUGCCUGGAGGUGUUCGGAAUGGCUCCACAGCGGGCACGUGACCUCACAGCAUCCAACGCGACACGUGUCAUCUGCACCGAACUCUAUUCACGCUGGGUGGGUGCCAAAGGUGAUAAGGUAGUGCGCUUUGAGGCACGGACCCGCUUCACCAUCUUUGCUGGGCACCGGCUGCGUGACAUGGACAGUCUACGAGCUCGUUUUGAGAGCAACAAGGGUCUGCGUGACUUCUUUACCCUCACCGACCUGCGUCUGCGUCUGCUCAAGCCAGCGCUUGGAGGAACAUAUGUGCAGAGGGACAACCUGCUGAAGUACUUCUACGCUAUCUCCAACAUAGAGGUGACCGCCAGGUGUAAGUGUAACCUGCAUGCAUCACAGUGUGUGUUGGUGGACGGGAAUCUGCAGUGUGUGUGUGAGCACAACACCACAGGUCAGGACUGCCAGCGCUGCAGAAAAGGCUUCAAAGCCAAAAUCUGGAAAGCAGGAUCAUACCUGCCAACUCCUAUUGGCACACCUAACACAUGUGCUCAGGCUGGUACUUCCUCUGGGUCCAACUGUGAGUGUCAUGGCCACUCCAACCGCUGCAGUUACAUCGACUACCUGAACAUUGUCACGUGUGUGAGCUGUAAGCACAACACACGUGGACAAAACUGCCAGCACUGCCGCAUGGGCUACUACAGGAAUUCCUCAGUUGAGCUGGACGACGAGAGUGUGUGUGUGGAGUGCGGCUGUAACCAGAUGGGUUCACUACAUGACCGCUGUAAUGGCACAGGAUUCUGCCAGUGUAAAGAAGGCACGAUGGGCAUCAAGUGUGAUGAAUGUUUGCCUGGUUACUACUGGAAGCAGGGCUGCCAACCAAACGUGUGUGACGAGGAGCUGCUGAUGUGCCAGAAUGGUGGCACAUGCCACCAGAACCAGCGCUGCAUCUGCCCACAUGAAUUUAAAGGUGUCCUAUGCCAACACUCACGCUGCGAAAGCGGGAAGAAGUGCAACCACGGGGACCACAAUGGCGCCUCUGUGCCUGCUCUGAGCCUGGCACUGCUGUUGCUGUGCCCGCUCCUCACCCUCCUGCUGGGUUCUGCAGUCCUGCGUCCUGAAACAGUGCCCGUCUUUCUCCCACCGUCACACACAUCAACACACACCUGUGAUGGCGCACUGGCCAUUACUCUGCUGUGCACCCUCAAGGAACCUAGGACUUCCUGGACAUAGAAAUAGGGAAGAUAAAUGACUCAAGAUGAGAGAUUUGUAAUUUUUUUCUUUUUUUUUCUUUUUCAAAAGAAAAACCAUAGCCCAAAAAUAAAUAAUAUAUACAUGUAUCAAAUAUUUAUAUAUAUAUACUAUACAAGUAUCAAUAACAGAUGAAGAGUUUAGGCACUAUCCUGAUUAAUGAUUUAGGAAAAACAUUUAUGGUACCAGGGAGAGAACUACUCAACAGGAAGAGGCGGGAAUUUCAGCACUCUGAUUGGACGAGCAAGAGAGGCUCUGCCUUUAUAUCACCCUGCUGUGCUGCUGUAUGUAAUGAACUCACUGUUAAAUGCUAAAAAGAUUUAAAAUGAUCAAUAAUAUAGUAUUUGCAAGUUCAGAAAUAUUAAGGGUUUAUGCACUAUUCUGAUUAGGAAUGUCACCACAGUUAGAAGAACACUGUAUUCAAGAUGCACAGUAUGAAACUUUACCAACAAGAGGGCAAAAAAGCAAUGAUGACGCUUACAUAUCACAUUCGAAUAUUUUUGGUACAGAUUAUUUUUGUUUGCAUUUAAACCAAUACAUAAAGGGAAGAAUUUAUUACACCUGAGCUGGCCUGAAGUCAAGAUACAAUACGAUUUUUUUUUUUAUCAGAGCGGGCGUGUAUUACAGUAUAAACGUUACAUGCUGAUAUAUUACAGAAGUUUAUUCUGUAUUAAAAAGAAGGUUCAUGAGCACAGCUUAUAAUUAACUCUACAGAAAAAACAUUUAUGAAUAAUUAAAAUAAAAUGUGAGGACUAAUUAACUCAUAGAUGUAGGAAAUCUAGAUGCAGUAUUUGCUAACUUUUUCUGUUGCAACUACUUUCAAAUGUCACUUGUAAACCAAAGUAUAUAGCGAGACGCUGGUCUACCCUGAUCAAAUCAGCUGUAACUCAGUUUAUGUUCAACUGAUUUUCACAAAAUUUGGUUUGUUACAGACGUUAUACAUAUUGCAGGUGUUGUAAAUAUAAAUAUACCUGGACUACUGAUAAGUUAAUGGAGUCGAACUGCUGGAACUGCAGCAAAGCAGUGGGAAGUAGAUUAAUCCAAAUAUAUGCUUGGACAAAACAGAUCAUAAACUAACUGCCUGUCGAGUUUACUCCUUUUGAUCUACUACACACUUGUAGAUCAGUUUGCGCACAAAGGGCCUCAUUUAUUAGGUUCAUUUAUCAACAAAUAUAUUCGUAAAUCACUCACAAGAAAUGUUAUAUUUGUGAAAAUCCAGUAAGUUGGGUAAACGUUUGUAUCCUCCUCCUGAGUGUGGGUAAAUUUAUGCAUAUGGAACCAAAGCAUUGUGUAAAUUUACGUAUUAGUAGCCGACUUUCUGCAAUGGCUGAGUUGCAUUACUAGAAGAUAUAGUGUUUAGAUUAAGAAGAUUUAGGAGGCACUUUUUCCACUUCAUUUCACCCUUUUCUGUUCUCUGUGAUGUUUGAAUUUUUUAUUUAUUUAUUUUUUGCAUAUCAGCUAUGCCAGUAAUGUGCUUUGUAAUUUACAGGCGAUUGGCAUUUACCAACACACACAUAUGAGUACCUACAAAAUCAGCAUUACUGAAACAUUUCUAAAUCUGGUGAGAAUUUUUAGUUUGGUUUGGUCUACGAAAACAUUUACACACAAUUUUCAUGACAGGGUGCCAUGCAUGCACACAAUCACACACUCAUUCACACCUAGGAGCAAUUUAUCUUAGCUAAUCCACCUACUGCCAUGGUUUUGCGAGGUAGGAGGAAACCAGAGAACUCAGAGGAUAUCUACGUGGACACUGGGAGAACAUGCACUCACGUCACUCCACACAGAAUGUAACCUUAUCUCAUGAUUGAACUGGGGACCCUGGACCUACCCGCAGCACCACCGUGCCACCAUCAACAAAACAGAGAUUACAUAAAAUCAUAAAGUAUAAACUAUAUAUGCUGUACAUCAUUGAUUGAUAAAAUAACAAUGUUAUUUAAUGUUAAAUAUAAUGCAAGCCAGCUUAGUUACAUCAAACCAGGCAACUUAGUCAAUGGUACUCAAUUAUAAAUCCAUCCACAAGUCCAAUCUAAAUCUGAACUUAACAUCCCUUGCUAAAUCAAACAUUACCUAAGAACUGAAGUCCUCUUAAAGAGAAGCUAAACAGUAUUAAACAGUAAUAAACAGUAAACGUCCCUCGCCAGUCUGCCUUAACUCCUGAAUAAAGUCCUUCAGAAAAUAACGGCACUUAUUCUCCUGGGCUUCUACAGUGAAAAGUAAUUCUUUGUUCUCUUGUUUUGAGAUAUUAGUGAUUCUUACAUGCAAAUGCGGCACAGUGUGGUGACAUUUUCCCAAAAAAAAAAAAAAAAAAACUGCAAAAUUUUGAACUUGAUUAAACCCAAAGGGCAAAAUCUGAAACCCCAUCCACACGAAGAGGGCAAUGCUGUCGACGUGUCAGUUUCAGCACAAUGCAGCAUCUAGUUUUCCUGUAUCUAUAAACAAACCAGACACAAUUAGGAAAACACGUACAGGUGAGAUACAAUAGAUGUGGGAAAUUAUUAUACUGUAAAUUGCAAUAUAACUUAAAUAAUAACUUAAAGAGACACUUGCACUACACUGGACGUGACCUUGCAAACAAUACAGGUUGAAAUGAAUAAAUUAAGAAUAUUCUAGAUAAGAGAAAAGCAGGUUCAUGGGAAAAAUCACAAUUAGAUCUAUCAAAAUAGAAAGAAAUGUAUCUAACUGUUCAAGGUUUGAAACAACGGACACACUAUAAACUACAGAAAUGCAAUAAUUAUCAAGGGAUGAAUUUAACUGUUUCAGAGAGACUUUGAUUAUGAGAGAUUUUGACACUGUUGUAAACUUUACAGUAAAUAUGACUGUUAUUUGGACAA